GUCGAUAAAGUGUAAGCCGCAGCAAUCUUCACAUUGUCAUCAGUAUUCUCUCGGCAGAUUUUGAGUACUGUCCAGUCUUCCCGUUCAGCAAUGAAAUAUCGGAGUGUUCCAAUGCCUGACGCUGUUGCACGCGACUUCGCGGUGUUGCCAAUUGGCGCGACGCGACUUUCACGCGCGUCAGAGCCUAGCGCACCGACACCCUCACCACCGAUACCUUCACGCAUGACCCCUCCCGCAACGCAACCACACCGGUGACCCCCCAUAACGCCUGCACACACACAAUGCCGCCUCGCAAAAGUAAUCCGCCCGCAGUCACAGACGAAGAGACAGAAGAAGUAGUCGCAGCACCCACACCAGCCGUCGACGAGCCUGCCACAGCGUCACCGUCCUCGCCGAUACCCCAGAAGGUCUACAAGGAACCCAAGCCACCCAAGCCUCGAGACGACGAUACCCUCAGCGUCGAAGACCUCAAUCUCCCCAAAUCAAUUGUGCAGCGCCUCGCAAAAGGCGUGCUGCCUCCGAACACCCAAAUCCAGAAAGAUGCGCUGCUCGCCAUGUCGAAAGGCGCAACGGUGUUCGUCAACUACUUGACAUCUGCCGCCGCCGAAGAAGCCCUCCGCAGUGGGCGCAAAUCCGUAAUGCCGCAAGACGUCUUCGCCGCGAUGAAGGACCUCGAGUUCGAGUUUAUGCUGCCCCGGCUCGAGGCUGAAGUCAACAAGUUCACUAGCAUACAAGCAGACAAGCGCAAUACGUAUCGUAAAAAGAUUCGUGAGGAGAAGAGGGCCAGGAAUGAUCCAGAUGGAAUGUCAGAAAUGACGAACGGGGGCGCUAGCUUUUUGAGUGUGGGGCCGACUGGGGCGGAGGAUGAACCGAGGACGAAGAAGGCGAGGCUGGAUGGGGAGGUUGAGGGGAGUGAGGACGAGGGCGUGGACGAGACGCAGGAUGUAGAGGAUGAGGAGGUGGAAGAUGACGAGGUUGUUGAGGAUGAGGCGCCGGAGGAGGAUAUGAAAGAGGAUGCUCUCGAGGAGCGUGAAGAUAAAGAGGAAGAUGACGAGAUGGCAGACGGAGACGAGAGCGAUUAGAUGCACGAGGGUGUGCGAGCAUGCAUACAUUGGCGUUUUGGCAGGGCUAUUGAAAAGCUGAAGCAGUCCAAGGGGGUCUGCUCAUAUCUAAGAAAUUACAAGCAUGGAAAUCGUGUCAUUAAUCAUGCAGCCGUAGAUGUAUACUCUCUGCUGACUUGCGACGUGU